AUGACCACCAGCACAACAAACUCCAGUCACUCUGAGGCCAGGAAAACAAUGAAGGCAUUAGUGUAUGCAGGACCCAACUCCUACAAGGUAGAGGAUCGGCCUGUACCAGACCUCAAGUCUCCCACCGAUGCAAUUGUCAAGAUGCUCUACAGCACCAUCUGUGGGACGGAUCUCCAUAUCCUCAAAGGAGAUGUGCCUACCGUGCAGCACGGGCGCAUUCUAGGUCAUGAGGGGGUGGGUAGUGUUGCAUCUCUGGGCACUGCCGUCAACGGUCUUUCCGUAGGAGACACCGUGUUGAUCUCGUGUAUCAGCUCGUGUGGUGUUUGUCCUGCUUGCCGAAGGAACCUCAACUCUCACUGCGAGACCGGCGGUUGGAUCCUGGGCAACUGGAUUGACGGGACGCAGGCCGAAUAUGUGCGGAUCCCGCAUGCCGCCUCUUCGCUGUACAAGCUGUCCGGCAAAUCUGACCCCAUGGCUUGCGUGGCUCUCUCAGAUGCUCUUCCCACUGGCAUGGAGUGCGGCACACUCAACGCCAUGGUGCAACCAGCCAGCAGAGUGGUCAUCGUGGGCGCUGGGCCUGUUGGCCUAUCGGUGCUGAUGACAGCAAAGCUGUACACACCAGCUCUGAUCGUGGCAGUCGACACCAAUGAUACUCGACUGGAGCACGCGAAGCGACUUGGGGCCGAUCAGACUGUUAAUCCUUCCAGCCCCGAAGCCAUGGGAAUGCUGGAUUCGUUGACUGAGGGGAAAGGAUUCGAUUCCGUGAUUGAGGCAGUCGGUAUCCCUGCAACCUUUGAACUCUGUCAGAAGCUGGUCGCUCCGGGUGGUAGUAUUGCCAAUGUGGGAGUUCACGGCCAGAAAGUUUCAUUAGAGUUGGACAAACUCUGGGACCGGAACAUUGCUAUCCGGACCCGGCUGGUUGACACGGUAUCUGUUCCUGCAUUACUCAGGUUGUGUCAAUCAGAAAAACUCGACCCUUCUGUUUUGUUCACUCACUACUAUUCGUUUGCGGAUAUCUCCGAGGCUUAUCGCAACUUUCAAUCCCCAUCGCAGCAGGGUACACUGAAAGUUGGCAUCGAGUUCUAA